UGAACGCGGGGAUCGAGAGUCGGUCACAUCUUAGGACUGGAAGCGGAGCUCGUGGGAUUUAUGAGACUCAUUGCUAAAUAGUUUCUCUGACUAAAGGCGUGACAGCAUCCACGCGGAAAGGACCCCCGUGCGGAGACUGACGCAUCACAUCACAUCGGUGAAACAAAGCGUUUGUUUUGCGGAGCGCACUAGUGGAAUCAAAAUGUCAGAUGUUGCUAGCGGUAUUGGAGCGUACGGACGCCAAUAGACCAUUGUUAUUGUUUUUCAUGAAUAUGGGUUUCCGUUAACGGAGGACGGAACGGUCAGGUGCACGCGUUUGAUUUACAUUUUUUUUUUUUUUUUUGAAAGAGUCAAUAAGUUGCGCGUGGACUAAGACUUGGAUGGAUAGCAGGUGCAUGAACGCAGCACCUAUAAAUCGCCAGAGCAAUGGCAUUCUUCAAUCAUUGUUGUUCUAUUCGCAUAUUAGUGUUUUAAGAUCCGGAAUAUAAUAUCUGAUUAUAAAGCAGCAUUUAUUAUUAUUAUUAUUUUCAAUGCAGUGGGAUAGGGUACCAGGCGCGUGAUUAGCUUACAUCAAGCGUCUAUUUACAUUACGUUUAAUUAUCUCUAUACAAUUGCAUGCCUUACAUUUUAAAGUUAAUUCAAAGUGGUGCUAGUCAUUUUUUUGACCACUGAAGCUAAUUACUCCUAAAGAUAAAGUGAAGAAAUUACAUAAUUCUUAUAGUUAAAUGAAUGAAAACAAAGCAUUUUUCACAAUUCAUAAUAGGCAUAUUUCUAAUGAUAUGAGGUGGUUUCACUCUACAUUUUGCGUUUGUUAAUUGUUAUGGCUUAGUUACAGGUUUAUAAGAAUGGUUUAGUUAUCAUGACUGUUUGAGAUAUCCCAACAAAUCUAAAAUGCAUCCUAGGUAGGGGCAACUUCGCAACUGCGGGUUCUGUAGUUAGAUUGUGUUUUUUAUUGUUAAUUAAAAGUGUUAAAAAGUUAUUUGAGUGAAAGCUUUAAAUCCAGAGGAUGAUCCUCUCCGGAGUGGCUGGACUGCUGUCAGAGCGGCUUUCACAAGAUUAACAGCCCGCUGCUCUUUUCUUUUGCCUGUACGCCUACAAUAAUAUCAUUUUAUGGACUAUUCUUCAUCUUUACCUAUUUUUAAAACUUGUUUAUCGCAAAUGGGACUUAAAUAAAGAUUUCCGGAGCAGCUGAAGUCAUAACCAUCUUAUAAAUCAUAUACGAUGCUUUUAAGACUCAAGUAAACUGUUUUAACUAUAGUUUCAAUAAUUAAUGAAAUUAGUUGAACUUGAGAAAUAACAUUGUCUUUGAAGUGGACCAAUCUGAGAAGCAGCGGAUAUUUUUCUGCUUCUGUAAUAUGACAUUGUGACAUAAGGAUUUUUUUUUUAUUAACGUGCCAAACAGAGAAGCGACUGACACAAAUUGUAAAUAUGACUUUUGUGACAGUGGAAUUGAUCAGAGGCGUGACAUCAGGAGUCCUCUCUUUUUGAUGCUUCAAACUAAAGUAGCGGCUAAGACGGAUUCUGCUGCUUUUUUGUUGAAAUAUGACAUUGUAACUUUACAAAUUUAGGUGUUGCAAACUAAGAAGCAGCUCGGACUUUUAUUCUGCUGCUGCAAAUGUCAGACAUUGAGAUGUGGCAAACUGUUGAUCAGCCGAUGCCAAUAUGACAUUGUGACAUCAGGAGUCUGUCUCUAAAGCGCCAGACUGAGGAGCAGCUGACACUCUUUUUGCUGCUGCUGCUGAUGAUGCUGCUGCUGCUGCGAAAAUGCUGCGAUUCCCUGUGAAGAAAAUACGAAAGCAGUUCAAACUUCUGCUACUGCUGGUGCUGCUUACUUUUGCCGUGUGGUUUACGUACCUGCACAUCAACCAGGGAAAAUCCAUCAAACUCCACUUCAGCUAUGGGAAAGAUGGUGAGAGGCCAAUGGAGGGAACUGAUACCAGCCGUAAGAGAGACUCGCGUUCAUCAGACAAGCACCACAAAAACGAAGAUGCCAGCAACAGCCAGGAGGACGAAAACACACAGGAAGAUGAGCGCAACGCUGGCACCGUUCAUGACAAAGAUCAAGCUGAAAUCCGCAAGUUGCUCACGCAGAAGUACAAGAAGUUGCCAUGGAAACCAGAGUUUAAAGGUCAAGCGAACCUCCACGUGUUUGAAGACUGGUGUGGCUCCUCAGUCGCUCAGCUCAGGAAGAACCUGCAUUUUCCUCUCUACCCCCAUACGAGAACUACAGUGAAGAAGUUGGCUGUGGCUCCAAAAUGGAAGAACUACGGCCUAAGAAUAUUUGGAUAUAUUCUACCUUACAAGGAUGGUGAUUUUCAGUUUGCAGUUUCUUCUGAUGAUAACUCAGAGUUCUGGUUGAGUUCAGAUGAAAGUCCUCUCAACGCACGGCUGCUGGCCUACGUGGGAAAGCUGGGAUCUGAGUGGACUGCACCAGGAGAGUUUACCAAGUUCAGGUCUCAGGCAUCCAAAUCUGUGCAUCUCAUGGCCUCCAGACGAUACUACUUUGAGAUUCUCCACAAGCAGGACGACAAAGGCUCGGAUCACGUUGAAGUCGGGUGGCGCCCUUUCCUGCCAGGACUCAAGUAUGAGGUCAUUGACUCCGCCUACAUCUCCUUGUACACAGACGAGAGCAGUUUGAAGAUGAACCAUGUGGAUCACAUUCCUCAGACUCUGGCCAGCCACGGGCCGGUCCCAGCAGAGACCCGCACCCACAGCCAACACGGCGCCGAUAUGCUGCAACCGGACCCCCGCGACACCUUCUACAACAUCCCCAUGAUUGACCCUGCUCAUCUUGAAAAUGUAUUGCCCUCCUGUCUCUACUCACCAACAUAUGUGGUCAAAGACUUCCCUAUUGCCCGCUAUCAAGGCCUUCAGUUUGUUUAUCUUUCUUUUGUCUAUCCCAAUGACUUCACCCGCCUCACACACAUGGAAAGAGAAAACAAGUGCUUCUACAGAGAGUCGCCCAUCUAUCUGGAGAAGUUUGGCUUCUAUAAAUACAUGAAGAUGGAUGAGGAGGAAGAUGACAGGCCAUUCUUCUUCCCUAAUCCUGAUGAUUUUCUUGAAGAAGAAGAGGGGGCAGAUCCUGAUGAUGAAGCACAACUUGUUGGAAAGAAGACUGUCCAACCUAGUCAAUCAAGUCACACUGUAACCACUUCUGACAAGCCUGUUCCCACAAUGCUGAAGAUAAACAAGGUAGAGUCAGACAACCCAGCUUUGAGGAGAGAGCACAGACACUUUUUCACAAGUGCAAGGCAAGUGGUCGCGGCUCAACAUCAAGACACAGUAGAACAACAAGACACUCUAGACCAUCAGGCUAAGGUAGGGUUACCAGUAAGUGAGAGUGUGGUGCAAGGUCGUUCUCUCACUUGGAUUCAAAAAGACCGCCAGGACUUCAAAGAGGGUCGGUCAGAAGAUCGUUCUCCCAAAAUAAGCCGAUCAGCUUUGUUAUUCCCACCGAAAUCCUCCUUGGUAGCUCUCAACAGCCGAGCCAAGCAAAUCCUCGGCAGUCCUGCCCACACCGUCCCUUCCCUAGUUAACAACCACGCUCAUGACAACAGCCACAAUCCUGGAAACAGCCACACCAACAAGGAACACAAGAAGGAGGACAACAAAAUUUACGUCACAAGACCUCGACCAGCUAGGGAGAAGCAAAGUCCUGUUUCACGCCAUCCUAGAGAGGUCUUCCCUGGCGUUUUCCUGUAUCAGAAUGGCAAAACCACAAAAGUGGUGAACCUCAGUGCCAAACCAAAGCUCGGCAAAGGACCUCUACGUGCAUCCCAGUUAUUUGCACGGUCUCCUCUGCAGGAGAACAAGGUCUUUCCAGCUAACCCCAACUUCAGCAAGCCCGCGGAAAAUCCCGCGGCCCCAAACAGAGCAGCAAUCCCGAGCCGUUUUGAGCGGAGGAUACGAGGCGUCUGGGAAAAACACCAUCAUUCUCUGAGGCCCAUCACAACUGCUCGACCUCCUCCUGCUCCCACCCCUCCAUCCAAUAACUCCUCCGAGAACGCGCUUCCGACCAAACCUCUCCACGUCACUUCCUACUUGCACACUUCCGAGAUUACCGAGUCCCAACAGCAGCGGCCAGACACGGACCCUGAACCGGAGGAGGACGGAGGCCUAUCUGAGUAUAGUUAUGAGGAUGUGGAGCCUCGGCCUGGGUGGGCAGAGGAGGCCAUUAAUUGGCAGAGGACCUUUUCCGUCAACAGUAUGGACUUUGAGACAUUGCGCUCUGACUGGAACGAUCUUCGGUGUAACGUGUCUGGAAACUUGCAGCUGUCCGAGAGCGAAGUGGUGGAUGUGCUUGCGCAGUACAUGGAGAAACUCAACGAACGCAAUGGAGGGAUUUACACGCUCCUCCGAAUCAUUAACGUAGAAAAGCGGCGUGACUCUGCUCGCGGUAACCGUUACCUGAUUGAACUGGAGCUGAUGGAAAGAGGCCGUAAAGUGGUCCGUCUUUCUGAAUACAUCUACAUGUUGUUGCACCGCGGCCGGGUAGAAGACAGUCUGGAGAAUGUGGAAGGGGUCACAGCAUCAUCCCCUUCUUCCCCUGUCGCCAGUCCACCAGCUCCGGCAUCUCGCACGCCUACCCGUGGGGCCCACACCACCCCUCAGUGGGGCACGGUGUAUGCCAAGCCCCUGCUGUGCCAGCCAGUGAUGCUGCAAUGGAAAAAGGAUGUCAUGGUGCAUUUUGUGGUACCAGUGAAGAAUCAAGCUCGUUGGGUUCAGCAGUUCAUCUCAGACAUGGAGCUCCUGCACCGUGAGACUAAGGACAACAAUUUUAACAUCAUCAUUGUGGACUUCCAGAGUGAGGACAUGGAUGUGGAACAGGCCCUCAGAGAAAGCUCCGUCCCAAGAUAUGAAUAUCUGAGGAGGGAAGGAAACUUUGAACGUUCUGCCGGGUUACAGAUCGGUGUGGACACCAUAGAGGACAGGCACAGUAUCGUUUUUCUGUGUGACCUGCACAUUCAUUUCCCUCUGAACAUCCUGGAGAACAUCAGGAAACACUGUGUGGAGGGCAAACUGGUGUUUGCUCCGAUCGUCAUGCGACUGGGCUGUGGGAGCUCACCUCGAGAGCCUGAUGGUUACUGGGAAGUGAACGGCUUCGGCCUGUUUGGGAUCUACAAAACAGAUUUCGACAAGAUUGGUGGGAUGAACACGGAGGAGUUCAAGGACCGCUGGGGAGGAGAGGACUGGGAACUACUGGACAGAGUUCUACAGAACGGGCUGGAGGUCGAGCGGUUACGACUGAGAAACUUCUUCCACUACUAUCACUCUAAACGAGGCAUGUGGAACUCACAGUCCAGUAAAAUCCCUAAAGGAUAAAACUGAACCUCAAUGAGAGACUUCAAACAAACGUCCCGGGACCUUAAAGGACCAAACCAGCUGGGACCCGUCUCAUGCGAGGACACAUGAUGUGCCAAGCUGCUGUCCGAACUCAACACACUCGACCGAGACAGAGACUCAGAGUGUGUGUUUGUACGUAUCUCUGUCUGUUAGGUCAGGAGUUCUUUUAGGUGCGCGAAACUUGAGAGAUCAUCGCAGAUUUAUAAGAGAUUGGGUGAAUUUUACACUAAGCUAGCCGCUCAGGCACUUUGGGACGCAUAAAUAUGGGUUGCACUUAAGAUAUUAAAUGCUGAAAUGAUUGUCUAAAGGUUUAGAUGUGCGCUGGUUCUUAGAUGUCUGCUUUUAUAGCUGUAAAUGUCACUUCCUGUCCAGAUGUGACGCCUUCUUACACUUGAACUGUGGAAACGAUCUUCGACUUCUGCUGUAAAGCACGGCGGCCAUGUGCUUUUCCCUUUUCAAGUCCUGCUGAACUUACGGACACGAGCGGACCCUGAAGGGCCCGCUGACAAAUGAAAUUAUCCGUCUGUGUAUUUGUCUGUAUGUCUGAGCUGCUUCUUUUAUCCUUUUCCAAUUGGUUUAAUCAACAUAGGUUUAAUCUUUAUUGGCUAUAGUUUCCCAGAUGCAGAAACCUUUUAGUCCGGACCUUUAGACUAAACUGAUGCCGUAUGGAUUUCUACAGAGUAUAAUGGUAGGAAAAGGAUGUUGUUCAGAAGUUGUGUGCCUUUCUUUGACGUGUUUAACAUGGCAGUCCAUACAGGGUGAGGAAGGAGUCCUGAUGUUUAGCUGUCUGGAUUGUGUAGGCCAUUGUGUAGCAUUGUUUUAUGGAGAUGAGUGAAUAGAAAAUGUUUUAGGACAAAAAAAAUAUAUAUCUUGAAUUUUUGGUUCCACUAUUAUUUGGUCCAUUUUUAAAGAAAUUUUCCAGGAUAUUUUACCACAGAAAAUCAUUUUGACUCCUAAUAGUUAAAAGUGUGUUUACAGUAAAUGACGUAAAAUAAAUAUAGGCUAUAUGGGGCGCGAGGCAAUAGCAAUAGCAAAGUGCUAUCAGAACCAUAUAGAGCAUUUAAAGAUGGUAAGUUACGCACCAAAAAAAGCAGGACGUAACAUAACUAUCUAUAAAGUGCUGUUUACAUCAACCCAUUUCAUUUACCGCGGUAUAAUUCAUCCACAUUGAACCGAUCCGGCUGCUAAAGGGUUGUUUAUUUAGACAGCUUUACAGCUCAAACACUUUAUUUUAGGUGAAUACAAUAAAAAUAUGAUUUAACGUU